AUGACCGUGCUCGACCUGAUGCUCUCGGCCUUUGACCGGGUGAACAAGGCACUUGGGCUCGACAAGGGCCUUGCCUAUAUCGUUACCAACCACCGCUGGAUUGUUGUCAUCUUCUUCCUCAUGCCAGUGAGCUUGGUGAUGAACUCUUACCUGUACUUGAAAGCGCUGAUGGCCCUCAAGCUGGGCCAAAUUAACGACCGCAGUGUGGAACAACACAAGGCACGUGUUCAAACGGUUGUGAAGGCCAUUCAUAAGUGGAAGGCUGCCGACGACGGCACCAAGCUCUGCACGGCUCGUCCCGGGUGGCUGGCAAUGUCCCUGCGCAUGGCCAAGUACAAGAAGACGCACACGGGCAUCCCUGUUGGUCACCUGAGUAACGUCAUCAAGAUUGACCGCGAGAACAUGACUCUCUUUGUCGAGCCCAACGUUACCAUGGGCCAGAUCACCGCCACCCUCAACCCUCUCGGCCUGACGCUGCCUGUUCUGCCUGAGCUCGAUGUGCUCACGGUUGGCGGGCUCAUCUGCGGUGUUGGCGUUGAGACAUCCUCGCACAAGUACGGCCUGUUCCAGCACUGCUGCACCAAGUUUGAGAUUGUCAUGGCCUCUGGUGAAGUGAAGACGUGCAGCAAGGAUGAGAACCCAGACCUCUUCCAGGCCAUCCCUUGGAGCCACGGCACGCUUGGGUUCCUUGUUGGUGCAGAGCUGAAGAUUGUCCCCGCCAAGAAGUUUGUCAAGCUGGAGUACCUGCCGUACACCUCCCGCUCCGAGUGGCUGCAGGCGUUCGCAGAGGCGACGCAGAGCAACGACGACUUUGUUGAGACGCUCGCAUAUGGCCCGGACAAGUUUGUUCUCAUGCGCGGCACCAUGACCGAUGAAUUCAUCCCAGAGAAGGUGAACAAGAUUGGAAAGUGGUACAAGCGCUGGUUCUACACGCACGUCCGUGAUUUCCUCUCCUCCGGCCCUGGCCUGGAGUACAUUCCCCUGCGUGACUACUACCACCGCCACACCGUCAGCCUCUUCUGGGAAAUGCAGGACAUCAUCACUUUCGGAAACGAUGCGUGGUUCCGUUAUCUGUUUGGGUGGAUGAUGCCCCCAAACCACUCUGUGCUGAAGCGCACGCAGACCGAGGAGCUGCGAAAGCUCUACGAAAUGCACCACGUUGUCCAGGAUAUGCUCGUGCCGCUCAGCAAGCUGGGAGAGACGCUUGACGUGCAGGAUGAGCAGUUUGGGGUGUACCCAUUGUGGAUCUGCCCAAUGCGCAUCUUUGCUGAGGACGCGGGCUUCAUCAAACCAACGGACGAGGGCGAGGAGAUGGAGAUUCCUGGGCCCGGUGCCAAGGUGAAUGUGCACUACACCGGAACGCUGUUGAGCGGGAAGAAGUUUGACUCGUCCCGCGACCGCGGCGAGCCAUUCAACUUCACCCUGGGCCAGGGCAGCGUCAUCAAGGGCUGGGAGGAAGGCGUGGCCACCAUGCGCGUCGGCGAGCGCGCCACCCUCACCAUCAAGUCUGAGAAGGCGUACGGCGAGCGGGGUGCGGGGACAGACAUUCCCCCCAACGCCACCCUCAACUUUGACAUUGAGCUCCUCAGCUUCACCGACAUGGAUGACGUCUCCGAUGCCAAGGACGGCAGCAUCAUGAAGAAGCUCCUCCACAAGGCGGAAGGGUACAAGCGACCAAAGGAGCUCAUGAACGUCAAGGUCCACUACAAGCUGUACACAGACGACAAGGUGUUCAAAGACACGUUUGGGGGUGAGCCCGAGGCUGUGGUUGUCGACGAUGCACAGCUGUUUGAAGGCUUUGACACGGCGCUCAAGACCAUGUCGCUUGGCGAGAAGGCGCGUUUUGUGUUCAAGGCGGCGCAGGCAUACGGCGUGCACGGCAACGAGGCGCUUGGCAUCCCGCCACACACGGACAUCAAGGCCGACGUGGAGCUGGUUGAGCUUGACCCGGAGUUCAAGGACACGUGGGAGAUGGGCCCUGAGGAGCAGCUGGAGGCCGCUGAGAAGCGGAAGGCCGCCGGUACAGAGCUCUUCAAGCAGGGCGAGUACGCCCGCGCGCGCAAGCGGUACGAGGCUGCAGCGUCGUAUCUGUCGACCGUGCACAAGAUGAGCGACGAGCAGAAGAGCCAGGCCAGCGAGAAGAAGAUGCUGUGUCAGCUCAACGUGGCGCAGUGUGCCCUCAAGCUCAAGGACUAUGGUGCCGCUGUUGACUUUGCCACCCGCGCCCUCGAGGCAGACCCAGCAAACGUCAAGGGCCUGUUCCGGCGUGCCACGGCCAACUUCUCCCUCGGCAAGUGGGAGGACGCCAAGCACGAUGUUGAGGCCGCCCUUGCAGCCGACGCCGCCAACGCCGCCUGCCUCAAGCUGCACAAGCGCAUCAAGGCCGCAGAGGCGCAGCACGCCGCCAAGGAGAAGAAGAUGUUUGCUGGCAUGUUUGACAAGAUGGCCGGCAAGAGCUGAGCCCUGACGUGGUGCUAGGAUGUGUGUUGAAGUGUGUGUCUGUGUGUCUGUGUGUCUGUGUGUGUGCGUCUGUGUGUGUGGUUGAAACCCGCCUUGCUUGCUGUUCCGCAAUGCAAUGUCCUGUGGUUGCAUCUGUCAAUGGCGUGUUUUAUGUUGUAAUAAACCCCUCCCCCCAAACAACCAUUGUAACUCCA